GAACCAGAUGGUUUUCAGCAUAAAAGGUGUCAGGAAGGCCAGGUUAUUUUAGGCUGGUACGGUCGUUCACAUAUAGAAAAGUGGCCAUAACUUUGGAGUUCAUGGCUUCUGUUCCCUUAAUUAAUUUUAUUUUGCCUGCUUGAAACGUAUUUUUCUUGGAUUUGUGUAACUCUAACUCUCAAUCACUUCUGGAAUCUGUACACUUUUGACCACUACAAGGCUACUGUUGAGUGUUUUGUGCUUCAAUGCUCUUUUAAUUUGUUAAUGAGUGGUCGGAUUAAGUUUCAACAACUGCUUGGAAAAAAUGAACUGGAGGCUAAAGAAGCUUGUAAUUGGCUGCGGGCAGCUGGAUUUCCACAGUAUGCCCAGGUCUAUGAAGGAGGCUGUCAACCCUGAACAAAUGUUCCUCUAUGAGACUGGAGGUCCAUUUUCAGUGCAAACGGAGUGAAUAUUCUGAGGGGGAUGACCUGUGUGCCAUCAGUGACCGCUGGGCUUUCCAACGAGAGAGUAAGACGUGGUCGCGACUGCGUACCCUUUCCCCGCACAUCUCCCCCAGCGUGGAGGUCCUCUCCUCCACCACCCUGCUCCCCAUGAGGGCCUCAGCCAGUAGCGAAAGCAUCCUGAGUGACUUCAGUAACCUGGAGGUCACCUCCACCCACAGCAGCAGCAGCCUGAGUGUGGAGAGUGCCAGAGAAACCACGUCCAGCAGGGGAACCCCCUUCAGUCAGGUCACCAGCACGGCAGAGCCCUACACCCUCACCUCCCACCAUGAAUCCCGUGGCUCCCAAUCUCUCAACGGACCCACUCUGAGCAGUGAGGACCAAUCUGCAUUUCCCAAAGACCUGGUUACUGUUCCUGUCUACAGAGAGAAGACCAAGAGGUGUUCCAAGACCUUCCUGAGGAGAAUGGAGUUGUUCAAGAGAAAAGAGAAAGAGAGGGAAGUAACAGAUGGCCAAGUUGUGACCACUCAGCUGCAGCUCCCACUAACCCCUGGCAGUAUGCAUUGCACUCCCAAUGAAAGUCUACCUGGUUUAAAAAAGAACACUACAGAUAAUAGCAGUGUAAAUUACAGCGGAAAGGCCCAUACGAUCUGUCGGAUUACAGCCAGUAGGUUCCCAGUUGUGGACAGAGCUAAGGCGAAGAACAGUUGGCUCUAUCUAGAGGACUAUGAGAUGGGAGGGUGGAAGGGAUCUAAACAGGUUAGUCAGAAGAGUGGCUAUGGAAAUGGACUAGAUUGUUUGGUUCAUCUGCCAAUGGACCACAAGUCAGGAACGUUCCCCAAAUCCCUAUCCAUCGAGAGCCUGUGCACUACUUCCAACUUUCACGAGCUGGGUGGAUGGCAGAUGGAGGACGUCCUCUCCUUGGGCAGCAGUCAGGAUUCCCAGGACUUGUUUCCGAGAAGAAGGAACUUGUGUUCCUCCAUGGGGAGCAUCUAUGACAAUAUGCCUGAGGCUAGUGGCAGUUCAGAUGAGUUGAGAGAAAAGGUAUUUCAGCAUCUGGAUGAUAUCCUUCAACAUGUCCAUGGCCUUCAGCAGAAUAUAGACCAGUGGUGUCAGGAGCUCAAUGACGGGCAUGAGGAGGAGGACAAUGGUGAGACCAGAGAAACAGCAUGUUCCUCCAGCCUCCAUUUUGAGGAGCAGUCUAUGUCAGAUGUAGGCACAAUGGCCAGUGACUACGACAGCACAGGAAACUCAUUGAAUGAGGUGGAGGAUGUUGAGAUGAGAGAAAGGAGGGACUCAGGAGUGGGCGCUUCCUUAACCAGGCCAAGCAGGAAGCUACGGUGGUAUAGUUUCCAGAACUCUCACAAGCCGAGCCUGACUUCAGCCUCCCAGGAGAUUAACCGGCAGUCAGCCGCUCAGCUUAACCUGCUGCAGAAGUUCUCUCUGCUCCGGCUCACUGCUAUCGUGGAGAAGUACUGCGAACCCAACAAACAUGGCUGGAGCUGGUCAAUUCCUAAGUUUAUGAAUAGAAGUAAGGUCCCUGACUACAGGGACAAGCAGGUUUUUGGUGUCCCACCAAUCAUCAAUGUCAAAAGGAGUGGGCAACCCCUACCCCAGGGCAUUCAGCAGGCCAUGCGCUACCUCCGCAGCCAAUGUCUGGAAAAGGUUGGCAUUUUCCGUAAGUCUGGGGUGAAGUCUAGGAUCCAGACUCUGCGGAAGCUGAAUGAAAAUUCUCCAGACCAUGUGAGCUACCAGGGCCAAUCAGCCUAUGACGUGGCUGACCUGCUGAAACAGUACUUCAGAGACCUGCCUGAGCCCGUCCUCACCACCAAGCUCACUGAUACCUUCCUGCAGAUCUACCAUUGUGUCCCUAAGGACAUGCGUCUUCAGGCAGCCCAGGCUGCAGUCAUCCUGCUGCCUGAUGAGAACCGGGAGGUCCUGCAGACCCUGCUCUACUUCCUCAGUGACAUCGCUUCUGCUGAGGAGAACCAGAUGACAGCUGGGAACCUGGCCGUGUGCCUGGCCCCCUCCAUCCUGCACCUCAACGUCUCCAAGAAGGAGGGCACCUCCCCUAGGUUAAUCCACCGAAAGGGGGCAGGUGGAAAACCAGACCACAAGGACCUGAGUGAGAACAUGGCUGCCAGUCAAGGACUCAGCCACAUGAUUGUGGAAUGCAAGAAAUUAUUCCAGAUCCCUCAUGAGAUGAUGUUGCUGUCGCGGAACUCCUACGUCGCAGCAGACGCCCAGCCACUCCCUCUCUACGGCCUGGGCCUGAACAUGAAGGGCAAUCCUGUGGAUUACAGAGCCUACCUGGAGGAUAACAUCCAAGCUGUAUUGAGGGAGGCCAUAGCAAAGAGCAAAGGAUGGCACAGUGCCCCAGGCCCAGAGAACAUAGAGCUGACCUACAAGAAGGUAGGGGACGGCCAUCCCAUCCGUCUUUGGAAAGUGACCACAGAGAUUGAGGCCCCGCCCCAGACGGUGUUGCACAGAGUUCUACGUGAGCGCCACCUGUGGGAUGACGACCUACUACACAGCCGUGUAAUCGAGGCUCUAGAGGACAACACAGAGGUGUAUCACUUUGUGACAGACAGCAUGGCACCUCAUCCCCGCAGGGACUUCGUAGUGCUGAGGCGGUGGUGUAGAGACCUUCCUCGGGGCCUAUGUCUGCUAGUGUCCUCCUCUGUGGACCGUGACAACGUUCACCUGGAAGCGGGGCUACGGGCAGUGCUGCUAACCUCACGGUUCCUGAUUGAGCCCUCUGGGAUGGGCCGGUCCAGGCUGACGCACUACUGCAGAGCGGACCUCCGGGGACGAUCACCUGAGUGGUACUGCAAAGUGUUUGGCCAUCUCUGUGCAGUGGAAGUUGCUAGGAUACGGGGCUCCUUCCCUGUGCUCACAGCGAGAGGAACAGAGACAAAGCUUUGAGCUCUGAGAUGGCCAUACAGCCCACCUCAGACACGUGCUGCCUACGGCUCACAAUUACUCACAUUUAGAGUGCCAAUCUGUAGCAUUAUGUUACAUCUACCUGACAAACUCUCCACAGUGUCAUCGACAUAGGACUGUCAGGAUGUGGACACUCAGAUUGUACUGAUUUCCCAUUAUGAGCCACUGUGGAAUUGGUAGCAAUAUUCUAAACAAGUCUAUGCAUUAACUCACGAUAACAUAUUCAAAAGUAAUCUGAAGUAAAUAAAAUAGUUUAUAUAUGCAAAAUCCAUUCUUGUGAAAGACUAGGUUAGAUUAGGACAAUUGUGUUGAUAGCUUUACUUAUGAUACUUACAUAUCAGUUCCCAUUUUAAUGCUGCUGUGAAAGGAGCAAGACUAAAGGCGAGAAUGCUAAAAUGCCAUGGAAUAAUUCAGGAGAGCUCUUUAGCAGCCAUUCCUGUUUGUUCUGUAUGCUAUGCAAUUUCUUCAUGAUAAAUUCACAGAGCUAAUAUAUUUUACUACUGUGAUUCGCUGCGUCUCAAACAUAAGAAUGGCACCUUACCUUGCUAUUUGAAUAUGAUCCAUGGUAGGACCAUCUUAAAACAAUUCCAUAUGUUAGCUUAGUAGACCCCCCUCCCAGGCCUUGCUUCGGCUGUACAUUCUCAUCAACUGCUUGUAUUACUCAAGUGUUUAUCAUCACACACUGUAUGUUAAACAUCUCAAGAGGGGGCUCUACUCUGGACUUCCUGUUAUGUCUCUUCCUUUUACUCCUAUCUUUAUAAGUCUAACUGGUUAAACUCCUCUCACUUUAAUUUAGCUGCAGAGCUCUAGGGAUCAGUCUUCUUCCCCAGAUCUUCAGAAGUUUAAAAAUAGGAACAGAGACAUUUUUUAAAUGGGCAAAUAUCUGUUCACCAAGGCCCAAACUAUAAGAUAUAAGCGCGGAGGUCAAACGUUAGAAUAAAUCAAACUUUGAUGUCAGUUAAAUAUUUAUUCAUGGGUAAUUUGCUAUCACAAUGAGAAGGGGAAAGGAUUGUAGCAUGCUCCACGGUGGACAGACAGCCCGAGCUUUUGGAAACGUUAGUGUAGCUUGCUGAUUGACUGUAAGUGUGGCAGGUAGCCUAGUGGUUAGCGCGUUGGGCCAGUAACCGGAAGGUUUCUGGAUCGAAUCCCUGAGCUGACAAGGUAAACAUCUGUUGUUCUGCCCCUGAGCAAGGCAGUUAACCCACUGUUCCCUGGGUGAUGUGGAUGUUGAUUAAGGCACCCCCCUGCACUGCUCUGAUUCAAAGGGUUUGGGUUAAAUGUGGAAGACACAUUUCAGUUGAAGGCAUUCAGUUGUACAACUGACUCGAUAUCUUCCCUAUCUAUUGUGUCUCAGUAAUCAGUGUUUUAUUUAUGUCUGUAUUAUUGAGUCCUUGUUUGAGUCGUAUGAAUGUGACUACCAGUAUGUAAGUGACUAUAAGUGUCUCUACAGAAUGUAACCAUGGUCCAUGGUCAUAUUUUUCUGUUGGGCAUUAUGUACAGGGAUGAUGUUUUGUUUGAUCUAAUCUUAAUCCGAGUUAUGCAAUGACUGAAUGCUUUUAACCUUUUUCAGUGUUGUCUUAUGCCAUAUGCUUUACAUACAGUACAUACACUAGUAACCAGUGCUCCUAACUGGAAUUACGCCCAUUGAAUAAUUUAAACAAUUGUGUGGAAACAAUAACCAUAAACACAGUUCUGUGAACUACAGUGUAUUUUUAACUUAAUCAUUUUUUUGUAACACAUAACAGGCUGUUGUAAUUAUCAUUGAAGCAGUAGUAAAUAAUUUAACAUCUUAGCCCACAAAGUCAUUAUCUAAUUCGUCUCAUCUAUUACUCUUUAUUCUCCAUUUACUAACUAUUUGUAUUAUACGGCUCUGACUGUAAACAUAUUACAAAAGCAAUAGAUGUUGUGAAAAGUGUAUUCUCUCCCUAAAUCCCCCGGCCCCUUUUUCACCCCCAUAAUUUGUUUUCUUGUUUAUUUUCUUGUCACAGUUGAGCUUGAAGCAAGCCGUAUCACUGCAUCAGAAUGUGACAUUUACCAAAUGUCACACACUAAAACCUGAAACAUAUCACUAAUUUACACUGUUUCAAUUCCAUAUUUGUUGAUUUUUUUUAUUAUACAUUUCUACAAUGCAUGUGCAAUGAGUAUACAAAUCAUUAAGAACAGUUGCUCUUUCCAUGACAGACUGACCAGAUGAAUCCAGGUGAAAGCUA